UUUUGGUCUGUUGGACUACUUUCUCCAUGCAGAUGCUCAACGAGAGGGCCUGGCUGCUUCCCUCAACAGGCUCUCUAUCCUGGAGCGUCUUGGCCCAGCCAGUGAUGAGAUGACUGAAGGGGAAGUGGAGAGUGCAUUCUCCCAGCUGACUCUAGCCUUCCGCUGUGACCAGUACACACUGAGCCAGCGUCUGCAGGCAGAGGAGCAUGCUCGCAACAAGGCAGAGGAGAACCUGCAGCUGGAGCUGCAGAGGGGCAAAGAGGCGGUGGAGGUGCUGAAGGAGAUGUGUUUGGACAGCAAGCGCUAUACAAUCCUCCAGAAGCUGGAGUUUACGCUGGAUAUCCUGGGAGGAACUGUCGAUCAGGUGGCCAGAACGGCUGAGGUGCUGGGAGCUGCUCACCAGGAGGCCAAAGUGAGCCGUGCGGUGGAGCUGAUGGUGGCCCACGUCGACAACCUGCGCCAGCGGCACGACCGGCACUGCGCCGAGCUGGAGGAGACCAAGAAGCUGAUCACCAGUGUGCCCACUGACCAGCCGCUGCCUGAGCUCAGAGAGGAAAUUGAAAUGCGUCUAAGGACCAACAAAGACAUGGGAAAGGAGACCAAGAAACUGAAAGACAAAGAGAGCCUGAAUGAAGUGCUGUCCGAAGAGAGGCUCACUAAACCACCAGUGACCCAGCCCCAGUGCUCUGAACCCAAGGCAGCCAGUAAACCCAACAUGGAGGAAGAGGAGUUUGUAUCAGUGGCAGAGAGGUACUGGAAUGGAGGCCUUCGGUGA